AUGGGGUCGUUCCCGGGUCUGAAGAUCCGCGAUCGCCAUGGCACGACGACCGCGGAGGUCGUCGUGGACGUCAGCAAGCGCGGCGUGCGCCUGGAGGGCGAGAACGGGACGUUAGGCGCGUUCCCGUUCCAAUCCAUCCUGUCGUGGUCGCGCGCCUACGACACCGCGCUCGGGCUCGUCGUCGUCGCGAACGGCGGACAGAGAGAGAUCACGCUGUGGGGCGAGAGCGCGUCCGUCGUCGACGCCGUCCUCGCCGCGAUCGACGCGACCGUGAACGCGAUCGUGGAGGACAUGAACAAGGCAGCGGACGACGACGCGCGCGCGUCGACCGAGACCGGCGCGGCGGCGUCGAGACCCGACCCCGACCCCGACCCCGAUCCCGCGCCCGCGCCCGCGACGACGACUCUCGGGGACGGCGACGCGCUUGAGUCCCUGCCCGUGAUGGCCCCGCUCAGCGACGCGUCCUCGUCCGACGGCGGCGGCGCCGCCGCCGCCGCCGACGCGUCGGGGUCGGGGUCGGAGUCGAUCGAUCUCAGCGACGUCAGCGUCAGCGACGAGGACGACCCCACGGACGCGAACGCGAAUCCGUACGCGGGGGGCGAGGUCGAGGCGUUGCGGCGAAAACUCGCCGCCGCGGAGGCCGCGGCGUCCGCGCCGGAGAACCGCGACUACCAAAAGCUCGUCGCGAAGACGACCGCGGCGGAGAUCGCGGCCGAGGACGCGACGGUCUCGAGGCAGAUGGCGGAGGAGCGCGCGAAAAAAGCGGAGGACCGCGCGACGAGAGCGGAGGCGGAGCUCGAGUCGAUGCGCGCGAUGCUGACGGAGGAGACGCGGAGGCUGCGCGCGGAGCGCGAGGCUGCGGAGGCGUCGCGUCAGGAGCUCGAGGCGGUCGCGAUGCGCGUCGCGGCGGCGGAGGAAAACGCGCGCGACGUCUCGAGCGACGAGAAGCGCGUCGCCGUCGCCGCGAGAGAGAAGGCGGCGGACGCGAGGGAGAGAGAGGUGAGUCGCAGGGAGAGAGACGCCGGCGACGCGGACCUUCGCGCGGAGCUGCGGGAGCUGCGAGAGACCGUCCUCGACGAGACGACGCGACGGAAGGAGGCGGAAGAAGCGCUCGCGACCGCGGUCGCGACGUCGGCGUCGGCGUCGGCGUCGUCUCCCCCCGGCGCGAGCGCGUCCAAGCUCGCGCGGUCGCCGAGGGUCGCGUCCUCGGAGCAGCUCGCGUCGUACAGAGCCCGGAUCGCGGAAGUCGAGGGCGAACUCGAGGAGUGGAGAGCGCGCGCGGAGCGCCUCAGCGCGGACCUCGCGGCGGCGAGAGCGGAAGCCUCCGCCGCGAUGGCGGUGUCUGAGAACCUCGCGAGCAAGGCGGCGUCCGCGGCGGCGGCGGGCGGCACGACGCCGUCCUCCAGGUCGCGGUCAUCGCCGUCGCCGUCGCCGUCGCCGCGCGUCGCCGUCGGCGACGCCGCGGGCGCGGGCGCGGCGCCCUACGACGACCUCGGCGGCGACGGGUCGCUGAGAGAGGAAGCGAUGGAGCGCGCGGCGGCGGCGACGCGCCGCGCGAACGACGCGGAGAAGGACGCGGCGUCGUUGAGGACGCGGCUCGCGGCGGCGACGCGAAAACACGAGGUGGACGUCUCCGCCGCGCGCGCGCGCGCGGACGCCGCGGAGAAGCAAGCGGAUCUCGCGGAGGGCCGCGCCGCGGCCGCGGAGGCGCGCGCGCGGAUGCUCGCCGGGGUGUCCCCGAUUGGAUGCGAGGACGCGGGCCCGGGCGCGCUCGCGCCGGCCCCGCCGGACCCGAGCGGCGGCGCGAUCGCGAUCGGCGACGGCCCGAACCACGGGUGGGUGCGUCGCGCGGAGGUGGACGCGACGACGACGCGUCUUCGCGACCGCGCCGUCGCCGCGGAGGCGAAAGCUUCGGAGCUCGCCGCGGAGGCGGAGAGAUCCAGGGCGGAGGCGGACGCCGCGCGCGCGCGCGCGGCGACGCUCGCGUCCAGCGCGGCGACCAACGCGGCGGCGGCGGCGGCGUAUUACCACUCGUUACCAACCGGUGACUCCGUGGAGGACGCGGACGCCGCGGCCGCGGCGCUCGUGGAGGACGCGCUUCGAGACGCGAACGUGGAGAAGCCCGGGGACGACGCCGCGGCGGCGGCGACGGCGGCGGCGACGGCGGUCGCGAUGCACUCGCACGCGGCGGCGGAGGGUCUGCGGAUUCAGCUAGAUCAAGCCAAGGCGGACGCCGCGCGGCAGAAGCAGCGCGCGGACGCCGCGGCGCGCGAGACCGAAGCCGCGUGGCUGCGCGUCACGGAAGCGCACGAGAACCAGAGGGCGCUCAACGCGGAGCUCUCCCGCGCGAAGGAAGCCAUCAGCGCGCGGUCGGAGGACGCGGAGCACGAAGCGCGACGACGCGCGAGCGCGGCGACGGCGGCGAGAGAACGCGCGGAGAAGCAGCUCGCCGCGUCUGUCGCCGUCGCGCGCGCGCUCGGCGAAGAGAAGGGCGAGCUCGCGGCGCGGGUGGACUCCCUCGAGUGCGACCUGGAGGCGGUGUCCCGGUCGAGGGACGAGAUGGAGCUUCACGUCGACGCGGCGAAGGAGCACGUGCAGUCUCUCAGGGAGGAGCUCAGCGCCGCGCUCGGGCACGCCGCCGCCGCGCGCGAGCAAGCCGACGCCGCGGGCGCCGCGAAGCGCGCGAUGGAGGACGAGCUCGUCGAGCUCCGACGCGGCGCGGAGGAGGUUCAGGCGCUGCUCGAGCGGCACGCCGCGGAGGAGGGCGCGGAGCUGUCGUCGACGCGAGAGGAGCGCUCGCGGCUCGCCGAGGCGCUGCGUCGCGCGACGGCGGAGAGGGACGCCGCGCUGCUUCGCGCGGCGGAGGCGGAGACGCGCGCGGCGGCCGCGAUCGGCGAGCGCGAGGGCGUCGCGAACCGCGCGGUCGCGACCGCGCGCGACGCGGAGAAGUCCGCGGAGACGGCGCGUCGCGACGCGACGCGGAUGCAAGCCACCGUGGACGCCGCCGUCGCCGACGCCAGAGCCGCGCGCGCCGAGGCGAACGGGCUGCGCGCGGAGCUGGACGUCGCCAGAGGCGCGCGCGACGCGCUGAGGGAGGAGAUCCGCGCGGAGCGACAGAAAGCCGCGAGCGCGGAGUCGAGGGCGACGUGCUUGGAGGACCAACGCGACGCGUUGAAUCGGUUGACGAGGGAGGCGGAGACCGCGCUCGGGAGAAUCACGAGGGAGGAGAAGGAGGCGGCGGCGGAGGUGACCAAGCUCCGCGCGGAAGCGGGCGAGCUCGCGAGGAAACUCAAGACCGCGAAGGGCGAGGUCAGCGCGAGGGAGGAGCGGCAGAAGAUCGCCAACUUGCUCGCGGAGAUGGCGGCGACGGAGCGAGAGGUGACGAGAAACUCGAAGCGCACGACGAGCACGAUGGCGAGUUUGGAGGCGUCCGUGCGCAAGUUGACGACGCGUCUGAAUGACGUCGGGGGUGGCGGGGACGACGCCUCCGGUGACGAGAACGCGGGGGGGCGGUUUCUAUCCGACCGCGGCGACGGCUCGCCGGCGGCGUCGCCGCGGCGCGCGGUCGCCGCGCGGUCGCUGGAGUCCGAGUACGAUACCAUCCUGGGCCUCGAGCCGCUGCGACUAAAGCACGGGUCGAAGACGAGUUGGUUCCCGACGACGGCGGCGGCGGCGUCGAGGGCGACGACGAACCCGAACCCGAACCCGAACCCGAACCCGGCGCGACCGUCGGAGGACAUCUGCCCGCCGCGCUCCGCGGCGGCGACCAGGGCGGAGGAGGCCAUGGCCGAGGCCGAGGCGGCGGUCGCGCGAAGGGACGAGCGCGAACGCGAACAGAGAGAAAAGCGCGAGCGCUUCUUUCGUCAGUCGGAGACGACGUGA